UUUUCCCAUCAGCGCAGUAAGCUUAUCUCUGUGAUUUGAACAGUGAAAAAUUAAAUUACAAAAACGAAAAAAUCAAGAUGGAGGGAAAUCUUCGUCCACUCGCGGCAAACAACAAGCCAUUUGUCUUUGGAGGCAUUUACCGCACAAAGUGAAAGUGUGUGUAUUCAUUACAAUUGUGAACUCAUUUGCAAUAGCCACUAAAAGCGGGUUAAUCGAAAGUGCAGAGACUGCACUGCAGAUCGUUGUCCGAAUUCCACCAGCAUCCACAAUGCACCCUCCAGCCCACCCCCAGCUUUCCCUCUUCCAUUGCAUUUGUAUCCCACCCAUUUGGUCAUUGCAGUCAUUCCACUCCAUUCGUGCUUUCGAUCAACCAGAGAUGGCUAGCACUGCGAUAGUUUCACGCUGGACUUGCGGUUAUCGCUAACUUUUAUGGCUACUGAAAAUGCAUUUACUCGAAAUUGUAACUAAAAUUAUUAGUUUUGGGUCAGAUAGCAAUGCCCAUUCACUCCACCGAAAGUGCCCGAAACGAGCCGGCGACCAUGAGCUCAGCCGAUGACCGAAGGAUCCCCAUAACUAUACUAUUCCAAGUCCAAAAUGAAUUCGUGUUUGAUUUGUUUCUUACUAAAAUAGAAAGAAAUAAAUUAACGUAUUUUAGAAUUGUGUAACUUAUAGAGCACUAGUCAUUAAAAAUUAAUCCAUUUUUGCAUAUCGGAGAAAAUUGUAUUAGAAUUAGAAUUUGAUUUUCUCGAACCUCGCUGCAACAGAAUACAUUAGCGAAAAAUUAACUCACCAUAAGACUGCAUUUAUUUGUUAAUCGGACUUUGCUGUUUUUAACCCCUUUAAAUGAAUGAGGGAAUUGUUACCCUACCCUAGAUCCACAGUUGCUGGGCAGGUGGCUCCGCUGGUGCAGAGCUUCGUUUCGGGGCACUUGGGUCGCAGGAAUGGCCAUGGCUAUUUCCUGAACUAUGGUUUUAAGUGACCAGCCGACCACCCUGACGCUUCCGGGUAACUUGACGACUUGAUGGUUUCCGUUGGCCAGCGAGUCGCUUUUCUGUCGACCCACUGGACCAGCCCGUUGCCUUUGCUAACUAAUCGGUUAACUCUUUCGCAAACGCAGAAUCCCAAUGCCACCGUCAAGCCUUUGAUCCAAAUGCCGUUGCAGGCCGCCAAUGUCCAGGAGCAGCAGUCUCCUCCGGUGGCCACUCCGGUGGCUGUUCAGCAGCCAUCGACUCCUGUCCCCGUUCAAGUGCCGAACUCGUCCGUCCAGCAGCAAAAUCCGGAUGCGGACGCCAUCGCCUCGAAGCUGCCCUUGCCAGUUAUCAUCAAGGAGGAGCCGAUCUCUGUCGACGAUGAACCGUCCGUCGACAUUAUAGAGGACAAUACCAGUGCCAGCGGCAUUGGGGGCAAGAUCCCAUUUAAAAAGAUCUUCCAAAAGCGCAAGAAGUCGUCUGAACGCACUCGGGACAAGAAGCUGCGACAGAACCGCCAGCUGCGCAAGUCCAUGCUCCCCAAGAACGCUCUGAUGGCCCUCAACGAGGUUAAGGGCGUGACCAUCAGCGAUUUCACCAUCGUCAGCAAUACCGACGGGGGAUUCACGGCCGUUGUCACUGUGAACUCGACUCAGUACGUGGGCAAGGGUACCUCAAAGAUGACAGCCAAGAACGCGGCCUGCGAGAAGGCUUGGCGCGAUUUUAUAAUUGCGAAGAUGACGCCUAAGCCUCCCCGUAUUCACCAGGUGGAGAUAGGUGCGGAGCCAAUAGACACUAAAGAGGAUGAGGCCGAUGCACCGGAUGAUGAUCUGCCCAUGUUGAAUCUGGCUUCGUUUGCCAUCUACAAGCUGUUCGCGGAGUGGGAGCGCGAGGGCUAUGUCGUACCCGAGAUGCACGCUUCGGCCAAUGCUGCCCAGCAGGCCGAAGAGGAUGCCGGAACUCCAGUUCCCGCCGCGCCGAAGGAGCCAAAGAAGCCGCCAGUGCGUACGGAGCUACCCUCUGGCUGGGAGACCAUGCACCCGGCGACCAUUCUUUGUAUUAUGCGCCCGGGACUCAGCUACGUGAACUACGGGUCAUCUGGCGACAAUACCAACGGCAUGCAGCAUCUGGGAAUCACGGUGGACAACCAGGAAUUCCACGCCCACGGCAGAUCCAAGAAGAUCGCCCAUCGCAACGUGGCCGUGAAAGUGUGCAACUCUCUAUUCGGCACAAACUUCACCUACGACGACACCACUUAAGACAACUCCAGUCGCAGACUCCAACUGCCGACAGCAACACACCUCGCCAACACGCCUCUCUUAACGGCCAGCAAUCAGAAGAUUGCGUCCCUGACUUCAAAUGCGCAACUCAAAGAAUUUCUUCUCUGUGAAGGUGAAGAGGCAUAUUAAACAAGAAUUUACCAAUUUAGCUUGCAUUUGGGACAGCUCUUACUUAUGAUUUUUUAGGUGGGCCGCAGCCGUUUUCAACCACGAGUAAUCUUGAACUGCAAGAUUAUCCGAAUAAUUUUAACGCAAGGUUCCUUGGUAAUGCUGAUUAAUUUUUUCCGUGUAUUUUGUUAUACACUGUUGGCUUGUUUUUUUUUUUUUUUGAAAACGCUUCCACAGAAGAGCAUUUCGGUGGCAGAUUGGGUAUCAAAUAAUAAUUAUGCUUACCAGUGAAUUAAAUUUUUUGUCGUUAUCUAGAUUAAGCUAAAUUAAUGUCAGGUCUUGGGUGGUAUAAUUACUUGAUUUUUUAAAACAUGAAGACAUAAAUAUAUGCAUUGAAUAUAAAAUUGUAAA